AGGGAGGGGGGGAGUGAGCGAGCAGCUGCGUGGUGCUUAGUUGCCAGCCGGGUUAAACCACGACACAUGGCCACCUUUGAGAACUCGAUCCUCGCACAGAAUGACAGCUUCCUGCAGAAUCAUCAGAUACCUGUUUUCCUCAAAAUUUCAUCAGUGCAGCUCAGGCCUGGCAGAGAAACAAAAAUUCACCAACAGCUUGUUGAUGAUUGGGAUGAAAAUGACAGGAAGAUCAUCUCAGCUCAGCAGCUUGAAGGUGUAUUGAUAUGUGAAAGCACUAACUGUCCUCCUAUGCUCCCAAUGAACUGCUGUAUGUUUUGCUUGCAGGUCAGAUGUAAUCUUUGUCACCAAAGCAUGCAGCAAUACCAGUUGGAGCAUCAUGAGACCAAGGAAUGUCACAAACGAGCAAUGAAAUGCAAGAUCUGUGAGCUUGAAAUGCCCUUCAACAAGCUGCAGGAACACCUGAACGCCUGUGCCAGCCGAACAGAGUGGUGUUGGGAGUGUAACAAAUACGUCAUGUACAAAGACCAGAACAAACACAAAGAUAUUUGUCAGAACAGUAGUCUGCCCUAUCAUAAGGAUGUGGACUUUCAAACCAGCGAAGCAUCUACUAGUGCCACAGUUAUUGGCCCCUCUGGUACCGGUGGCAAUCUUUGUCAGAAGUGCAAUAAGUCAUUCCCAGAUGAGCAGUACUCCCAACAUCUGAACAAAUGCAGUGCAGCCCAUAAGCUGACAAAAGUUCUUGCUGGCCAGUCAACUUCAAAACUCAGCAGUGAUCCACCACAGUCUUCUUCCUCCCCAGCUACCUCUUCCUGCUCCAAAAAUGCAACGGCAUGGAAAGAUGUCCGUCCCAAAGGGAAAGAAAGGGACCAGCCAUUGACCUCCAAAACCUUGCUUAAACCCCCAAAGAACAAAAAGAUUGGCUUUUCCUCUCCCACAAGAGGCGGACUUUCCACAUCACCUCAAGCUCUUAAAGACACGCAGUCUUUUGACAUGCUGGUCACCUGUGCCCAUUGCAACAUUCUUCUGCCGCUUCCAACCCUUCGGAAACAUGAGAUCAAAUGUCUACGUUUGACAUCUUUGAAAAAUGCUAGGAUGAAACAAAAAUCAAGCCACGGAAAAAGAGACUCUUUCUACAGCACUGACGACUAAAUCUGGAAAUAGAGGCACAUCUUCAGAUUUAGCUCAGCUUUAGCAAAAGGCACCGAAAGUGUGCUAGCUUUAUCAACAAAUAAAAGUGACUUGCUACUCUGGAUCAAGAACAAAGACUGACUCGGAUUUUUAUUCCUUAUCAAGAGAGGCAUUUAAAAGGUUUCACCAGAAAACUGUGAAAGUGAUGGGGGCUCAGCAGCUGUGCGAUUUCAAGUGUUCCUACGUAAGCUUGCCUUAGGAGUGCACUUUUCCCACCCACUUCAGCAAGAAGAGCAGCUUAUUUAAAAAUGUUCUGGGGGAGAGAAAUAAGGAAAUAAGGAAUUCAGAAUUCCUUGUCAUGUUGAGUGCCACCAGUUCCCCUUGCCCUCACUGAGACCUGAGACCUUAGUGGUUUUCAGGGCAUGGCCUGGUGAAAUUAAAAACCAUUAAAUCCUGGUCUCCUUCACUUCAGUGAACCACUGAAGCUAGGGCUAGCACAAACAGCCCAGUCUUCGGAGAUUGCAGGCACAUCCAAGGAUAACUGAGGGUGUUCAUCUUCUGAUAUACAAAUGGAAACUGUCCUGGUUUCAGCUGGGAUAGAGUUAAUUUUCUUCAUAGUAGCUAGCAUAGUGCUGUGU